GGGGAUUUGUGGCAACAGUAAAAAACUCUAAGCGAAAACUUUUGAGUCAUUGGAUUUAUUUGCAAACACAAGUGAACUUCAAAAUCAUUAAACAGCUAUAACAAAUUACCAACAUGAGGGAUGUCAAUGCAUAUUUAACAGCUCAACAAACUAAGAGCACUCCAGAAAGAGCUGAAGAAUGGGCACUGAUGGAAGAAUAUUACAACAAAAAGUUAUGGCAUCAAAUAACAUUGAAACUCUUAGAUCUUGUAAAAUAUCCAGAAUUACUAGAAGGGACUGCUUUAGUGGAGUUAUAUGAAAAUUUCAUUGCUGAUUUUGAAAAUAAAAUAAAUCCAUUGUCUCUUGUUGAGAUUUUGAAGUUUGUGAUAAAGCAGAUAGAUGAUUAUGAUAAGAAGAUUGAAUUCAUGACAAAGACCAAGGAAAAGGUUAAAGGUAAUAAUGAAGCUGUCAUCUUGUGCAAUAUUAUUUUGGGUUUGCUAAAAUUAGAAAAGGGAGAUUUAGAUGGAGUUAAAAAAAUAAUUGAAGAGACACAAGUAAUGAUUGAUGAGAUGGAUGGAAUAACAUCAGUGCAUGGCAGAUUUUAUCAGCUGAGUAGUAAUUAUCAUCAAAUUAAUGGCCAGCAUGCUCAAUACUACAGGGAUGCUCUUCGCUAUUUGGGUUGUACUGAUCUGGAUGAUAUUGAUGUUGAAGAGAAGAAAUCUCGUGCUUUUACCUUGUCUCUUGCUGCACUUUUGGGAGAAGGUGUCUAUAACUUUGGAGAAUUGCUUGCUCAUCCAAUUUUGAACUCCUUGAAAGAAACCAGUAAAGAAUGGGUGAUAGAACUUCUUUACACUUUCAACAGCGGUGAUUUAGCAAAAUAUGAGGAACUGAGCAAAUCAUGGAAACAGCAGGCUGAUUUAGCUGCAAAUGAGCUUCCUUUGCGCCAGAAAAUUUCUCUACUUUGUUUAAUGGAGAUGACUUUCAAAAGGCCAAGCAACAAAAGAGUUCUUACUUUUAGUGAAAUUGCUAGUGAAACUAGAUUGCCAGAAAAUGAGGUGGAGCUGCUUGUCAUGAAAGCUUUGUCGUUGGGAUUAGUGAAAGGCUCAAUUGAUCAAGUUGACAAAACUGUAAAUAUGUCAUGGGUACAACCUAGAGUCCUAUCUGUUGAACAGAUUGGAAACAUGAAGCAGAGGUUGGCCCAUUGGUGUCAAGAAGUGCAAAGCAUGGAGAAAUUACUUGAAACUAAAGCAUACGAUAUAUUAACAUAAGAAACUGACUGUUAUUUCAUAUUUAACUUAUCAUUCAUCUACCUUUACACACUUUCUGAUAAAUAAAAUAAUGCUGUAACUUUUUUA